AUGACAAACCGUUCAGAAACUCCGCAAGCCCACCGAACUAAUGCCGACCUCUUAGCUGCUAAUGCUGCUCUACUAGCGGAAAAUCAACAGAAGACCGAACUGUUAGCAACAAUGCAGAACAACGGCGAAGAAAAGAACGACAAUAAGAAGGCAAACGCCGAACAACAUGAGGAACAUCAGUCAGAGUCCAAUGCAAAGACUGGGGAAACACCCCCCAAAACAGGAAGACAACGAACCAAUCCUUUUUCCGAAGAAAUAAUGAAUUUCAAGAGGCCUAAAAAUUUUACGCUCCCCAUAACUUUGACACCAUACAAGGGGAUCAGAAAUCUUAAAGUUCAUGUCACAAAAUUCGAAUCUAUGAUGUUUCUCAAUAGUUCUAUAUCCAACUUCGACGAAUUCGCCAAGUUAUUCAUAAAUCACUUUGCAGCAUUCAAAAUCUAUGUGCAAGAUUCGGAUUACCUCAGAACAAUCAAGCAAGGACAACACGAAAGCCUGAAAGAUUACAUGACACGCUUCAAAACAGCAGUCAUGGAGAUCCCUGACCUCAAUCCAGAAGUGAAGUUGCACGCUAUCAAGAGUGGUCUCCGACCUAGAAAAUUCCAAGAAGCUAUAGCUGUCGUGAAACCGAAGACAUUGGAAGAAUUCCGAGACAAAGCGACUGGUCAAAUUGAAAUAGAGGAGUUGCGCGAAACUCGAAGGAAUGAAAGACCACCAUUUCGGAAGGAAGAAGACAAGCCUUACAGGUCCCAGAAUAAGGACCCUAAAAAACCUUUUAAACUAGCUCCGAAGUUUGAUUCCUAUACCAAGUUCAACACUAAAAGGGAGGACAUCCUUAAAGAAAUACUACACAACAAACUAAUAAAGUUACCUAGCAGAGCCGGUUCGUACCAAGACCAGAGGUAUAUUGACAAGUCAAAGCACUGCGCUUUCCACCAAAAGUUCGGCCACACAACUAACGAAUGCGUGAUCGCGAAGGACCUUCUGAAAAGGUUGGCGAGACAGGGACACCUAGACAAAUACAUAAACAGCAGAGUUCGGCAGACCAAGCAGAACACGACCGACCUUCAACCAGAACAAAAUCCGAGCACCACAGAGAACACCCGGUUCCAACCUCCACCGACGAGAGGAGUUAUUAAUUGUAUAUCUGGGGGAUUUGCAGGUGGCAGACAUACAAACUCAACGAGAAAACGCAGUUAUAGAGCAAUGUUAAUGGUCUAG